CUAUAAGCCCUGUCCCCUGGGCUCAUUGGGUUCUGGACAUCUGAUAAUGCUGUUGCUGCACUGGGGUCCUGCCUCUAUUCCCUCUCUUAGUCAGAACUGAAUAUUGCUGCUCAGACACCUUCGUCCAGACGUAGAUUUCCACGCAUCACCUUCAGCUGCCUGGAUCAUGGCUCUGCUCUUCUCCUUAAUCUUUGCUAUUUGCACUGGACCUGGCCUAUCAGAGUCUUCACCCAGACUGCGACUUGUUGGAGGCCCCCACCGUUGUGAAGGAAGAGUGGAGGUGGAACGGGAUGGCCAGUGGGGUACUGUGUGUGCUGAUGACUGGAACCUAGAGGCUGUGGCUGUGGUAUGCAGGGAAAGAGGCUGCGGAGAAGCCAAGGAGCCUCUCAGUGGUACUGCAUAUCUGCCUUCAGAAGACAACGAACAACAAGUUCUUAUACAAGAUGUCAGUUGCAAUGGGUUGGAAGAUACGCUGGAUCAGUGCAAGAAAACCGAAGAUGGAUUCAAUUGCUGGAGGAACCAUACUGCAGGGGCACGGUGUGAUAAUCCAGAGAGCUCUAUACCUCCAGUCUUAGAGAGCGUGAGGCUGGCUGAUGGCCCUGGGCGCUGUAAGGGGCGAUUGGAGGUGGGACACCAGGGCCAGUGGAGCACUGUAUGCAAAGCAGGCUGGAACCUCCAGGAUGCAAAGGUGGCAUGCCGGCAGCUAGGAUGUGGGCGGGCCGUGUUGACCAAAAGAUGCUGCAGCAAGGCUACCCAGGGCCAAGGACCCAUCUGGCUAAGCCAGAUGUCAUGCUCGGGACAAGAAGCAACCCUUCAGGACUGCCCCUCUGGACCUUGGGGGAAGAUCAGCUGUACCCAUGAUGAGGACACCUGGGUUGAAUGUGAAGAGGCCUUUGACUUGAAGUUGGUAGGAGGAGACAGCCUCUGCUCCGGGCGACUGGAGGUGUUGCACAAGGGUGUGUGGGGCUCUGUCUGUGAUGACGGCUGGGGAGAGAAGGAGGACCAAGUGGUCUGCAAGCAGCUGGGCUGUGGAGCCCCCCUCUCUCCAUCCCCCAAAGCCCGGAAAACCUAUGGCCUGGGGGUUGGACGCAUUUGGCUGGAUGACGUCUAUUGUUCAGGGGAGGAGCUCUCUCUGGAGCAGUGCCAGCACAGGUUUUGGGGGUUUAAUGACUGCAGCCACAAGGAAGAUGUGGCUGUGAUCUGCUCUGAAUAGUAUCCUGGUCUUCUUGGUAUCCUGGUUUCCCUGACCCCUGCAAGUACCUUUGUGUCCUCCUGGAUUAUCCCAGUGCUCACACUGGGCCUCAGGCUUCAGCCACCACUCCCUACCCCUGGAACUCUGAACACUGUUUCUGUAUUGCCAUCAGAGCCAAUCACCUCCAUCAUUGCCUUGUGAAUAUGGGUUUUUGAGUUUCUUCUUGCUGGGGGAGAUGAGCUACCAUUCACCUUGUGCGCACUGCUGACUCCUCAGCAUUGGUUCUGACCCUUCCCACCUCUUCUCAAUCUGCCUAGAAUCCUCAGGCCUGUCACUUUGAUCAACUGUACAGGCCAUUACCAAGGUGAGAUCUAUGCGUGUAAACCUGAAAAGAAUAAAACAACACAUGGAACCUUUGAAAAUGAA